AUGCAGGAAACUAUAAUGCAUCAAUUGGUAUCAGAGCCUGGUUUUGAUCCAGGGACCUAUGGGUUAUGGGCCCACCACGCUUCCGCAGCGCCUUCGCCAUCAAUCGCUUCAUCCUCACCUGCGAACGACGCCGAGCUAACCGUAGCUCCGUCUUCGCCAUGCUUAGCAUCAUUAUAUGAAGAGCCGUCCAAAUCCGCAGCCACGACGUUCACCGUUGAUCAAGGGCAGCCUUCAGUUCACUUAACUGUAGCUUCGGUGCUAUGGUACGUUGCCGAUCUUGUCUCCCCAGCUUUCGUACGAGCUGCCGUUACACCAUCCACCGUUGCACGAUCCUCAUCCAUUACUCCGAUCAUCGCAGGUAACGAGGGACGACACCUAGCGGAAGAGGACAACGGCCAAGGAAGUCAGGGUCCAAUUGCAAAAAGACAUGCUAUGCGACGUGCAUUGUUGUCCAACGUGAUGAAUUUCAGGGCCACGAACCAUGUUUGGAGAAGUUUUGAGCUCGGGAUCAAUGUUGGGAAGCGACGAACGGAAAAAGAGAAUGAUCUCGGCAACCGCAUGUUACCAAGAGUUGCGGGUGAUUUUCUGGAAAUGUCAAGUUUGGAACUUGGACAUAAAGGCAACGUGGGAGUACAGGGAGGGCAUGUAAUCCAAAAUUGCAUGGGAAGGUGCUCUCAUGCACUCAUACGAGACAAGGGUUAA